CUUCGGCAAACAAUGGUACUGGUUCUUGCUGCAUUGCUAGUGAUUGCACUCGCAAGCGCAAUUGACGGUACACACGUGUUAAGCAUUGCAAGUCAUACAUUUGAACCACAGCAAAUAAAUGGUGACAAACAACAUGACUAUCGAUUAAUUGACCCAAGCAAUCCAAGAUAUUACAACCUUUUGCUGGAAGAGGAAGCGCUCAAGUUUGAACCUUGCCAAGACGUUAAUAGAACAGCUUCUGUAGAUCACUCAAUUAUAUCACUGACAAGUAUGAACCUUAUUCUUAUUCCUGUGCUCAUGUUUGUUUGUUUGAUAUUAUUCUGACUUACUCCCGGAAGGAUACAAGAACAUAAUAGAGAGUUUGAGAUUUCAACCUUCGCCUUCCCCUUCAACGUCUCUUGCGAAGUUAACGUAUAAAGUUGAAGUUCGAUUAAAAUUCCUUCAGAUUUCAAACAUUAGAAUGAACCUUACUUCUUUUAAUCCGCCCAUUCAAUUUGUCCGUAAUUAUGAUCGUUUUUUUCGUGCAUUUUGAUACCAAUUAUCCGAAUGGGCAGGAAUUUUACAAGCGGCUUUAGAAAUGAAAAAAAAAAAGAAAAUUAAAUAAAAAACAUUUCAAUUAAUAUAAUCAUGGAUAUUAGAGCGAUUACCAAAAAAAAAAAAAAAAAAAAAAAAAAAAUCAGACGAUAAAACAAUGUGAACAAUGUAAAAAAUCGUUAGUGUUGCUCCAAACAUUUAGGUUUUAUAUAAAAUUAUGUCAGUAUAGUCAGUAUAAAAUGCACGAUUGUAAAUCAUACAUGAGAGGAAAUAAAAAUGAUUAUUACAAACCUAAAAUUAUUUUCCAUUGGGUUUCAAUGGACCGCGAUCGUGCAAUAUUUUUCCAUAUCAUGACGUUGAACGCUUUCAUAUCGGACUAGUCCCAAUCCGUGACUCUACUUACC